AUGUCGUUUGAGGUAAGAGGGAAAUCCCAUCUUCAAUGAGACCUGUCAUUUAAAUUUUUAUAAACAACAGGCCGCUCACAGAAUGCUGUUGGAAUUGUUUUUCAGGAUUUGUCGUUUGUGACGGUAGACGCCCAUGGAUCACAAAACAUCUUGGAGGGUAUUAUAACUGCCAUCAGCAAAUGCAAGGUAUAUUUGAUCAAAUAAAGGAAACAUUGAUAGCAGAAUAAAUACUGCUGGCACAUAGAGGCCUAGUCUACUGUAUGUAGAAUAAUUCAUGCAUCUUUUACUCCCUUGGUUUGUAAGUGUAGCCCAUGGCUCAAGGGCCUCAUAUAAUCUAUCUGUGUUCUCAGGUUCAACACAACCAGCUGCUGAAGGAGCAGCAGGAUUUGUCCAGAGCCAGGGAUGAGCAGGUGGACCUGGCUGAACAGUAUAGACAGCGCACAGUCAAACUGAGGACAUCUUUGGAAGAGGAUAAAUGUGACCAAGCCAGGGAUGUGGACUCUGAAAGGGUAUGACAACUCUCAACCACUUAACCAAAGAUCAUCAACACUAGGAUUUUAAUUAGAUCUUUCUUAGGAUAUCGCUAUAUUUAGCUUUUCCUAUAUUUAGUGGCUUUUUGGGGGGUUGAGGGAGGUCUUGUUAGAGGUUUCGGAUUCUGCCUGAAUGACUGAUAGGCGUUUAUGUUUCUCUGCAGAAGAAGAUGGCCGCCCUGCAUGAGGAGGAGAGCAGGCUGAAGAGGGAGAUCCAGAGAGCAGAGGAGGAACUGCAGCUUGAGGAGGAGAGCACCCACCAACUCAAGCAGCAGACUGAUGUAUGGCCACACCCCAAAACGAAUAAGGAGAUGUAUCAUUACUCUUGGUGUGGCUGUGUACUGUAGUAGGUGUGGUGAGAUUUAGUUGACUAUUGAAGAUUGUGUCUCUUGGUUUUAGGUGUCUACUGCUGCAGUGCCUGAAAAGAAGGUUGUGUUCACUGGAAUGACGGGUGAUGGAGCAAAUGCACUCAAUUUUGAUGUGAAGCCACACAUAGUGUAUCCAAUGGAGGAGGGCACUGCACUGAUCACCUUUGAGGAAGAGCUAGGUAAGACCGAAACCCUCACUCUGUUUAGCACCUAUUUUAUUUCCGUGGUUAUUAUACCUCCUUUCCUCCACAGUGGCCCAGAAGAUCCUGAGCCUGAGGGAGCAUAAGGUGGAUCUGGGCGGGGAUUGUGCCAUCACCCUGGAGGCCAAGCUCAUACAGCUGCUGGUGCCCUGUCAAGUAGAGGUACAACAAGAGAGACCCAUCUCCAUUCACUAGUGUCUAGGUGUCAGGGACUGUGGCUGUGUUAUGAAGAGCGUCAGUUAGUUUAUUUCAUUUGCAUGUACGUCAUUGCGUUCCUUUGUGUGAACUAGUGUGUGUGCACCGGUCUCUCUACCUCAGAUGGACACCGAGGUAUGUUCCCGCCGUGUCCUGGUUUCGAACCUGCCGAAGGUCGCGGAGGACCGCUUGCUCGACAAACUGGAGAUCCACUUUGCCAAGCGCAAGAAUGGAGGGGGGGAGGUGGAAGAGUCUGACAUGCUGCAUGAUUCUGGCAACGUGGUCAUCACUUUCACAGAAAACAAUGGUACGCAAGUCAAGUUCCUGUCAGAAAAUGUAGUUUUCCUCAUAAAGGGAAAAAGCUCAGACUUAAUGAAUUUAUCAUACUGUUAUUUCUGUCCAUUCUUUCUGACUUUAUAUAAUGAGAAAUGUACAACUUUUGAUUAACUGAGCUGACUGUGCAUUGUUUACCAGUUGCCAAAGGCCUGACUGACAAGCAGUACCAUGAUGUGGAGUUUGAGAAAGGGAGGAAGCACAGUGUGAAGGUGACUCCAUUUCUGAACGGAGAGAUCACAAGUUUCCAGGUAAGCAGAUUUCAUGUUCAUGGCCCUGAGUUUAUCCCUUUAACUCCAUGAUAACCAUACUUGAUAACUAAGACUAUAAAAUAAUCAAUUUAUCAUAGGCCAACUACACUAUCAGCAGAAAUACCUUUAGGCCUAGUGAAAUCAUCAAUUCAGAGCGUAAUGUUAUAAACCAUACACAGUAUCAGUCUGCGGUCGUGCGCCCAUUCACAUUUGGUUAAAAGUUACAACUACAAUGGGAUUGUUAUACAAUUAUAAUUCCAGGGUUAAGCUAAAGUAAUGUAAACGCUUACAUGUUGGUUUCCACAUAACCUCACCUGGAAAAAUUCAAGGCCCUAUACAUUAGAUAAUAGGUGCUCAACUCAUUGUUUGGGACUUACGACAAGCUAGUCCAACCAUUAGUGUCUAGAAGCUGUCUGCAGUAAAAUGAUAUCCUCCAAUCUGACCCCCCUCGCCCCUGUACCCUCUACCAGACACGGCUGUCAGCGUGUGGGCGUACUGUGCUGCUGACUGGCAUCCCUGCCAUCAUGGAGCAGGAGAACCUGCAGGACCUGCUGGAGAUCCACUUCCAGAAGACCAGUAACGGUGGGGGAGAGGUGGACGCCUUCCUCUACAACCCCAUGGGGCAGCACACCCUGGCCCUGUUCAAGGAGGACUGUCCCACUGAAGACCAGAGCCAGUGAUAGGGCCAGGCACUGGUAGUGAGCUCAGACACCUUUUUAUUGCCGCUCAUCUACCCCAUCUCAGGACAGGAUCACAGUCAAAUCCAGCCUGGGGAUCUAAUCCUGGCCUGCUAUCAGGAUGUUACAAUUUUUCAACCAAAUGCCAUUCUUAGUGGUUGGCACUGUGCCAAAGCUUUUGACUAUGAGUUUAUAUAAUCAUCAAGUGUCUGAGAUUUUCCUGUCUUUUCUGGGUUUCCUGUUUCAAAACACAAAAUGUUUUUGCAUAUAAUUUGAUAGAACAUCUAUUUAUUUACAAUUUCUGAUUAUGUAUGCAGAUCAUUUUGG